AAAAAGUGUUUGUAUUUUGUUCUCUUUCAGUUCAGUAUUUACGCACUCGCGGAAAAGCCAGAUGAUGUCAAAGGAAGUGAAGCUCAUGCCAAACGUGUUUUUGAACUUGCAAACGUCUGGUUAAAGAAACUUGACUUAAGAAACACCUUCAAGCCCAAAGUGUUAGCUAAGAUUUCACACUCCGGCAAUAACAAGCAUUCUACUGGGUCUUCAAUAGCAGUUAGUCAUUACUUAAGGCCUAUCUGUUUGUAUAACAGAAUCAUCCGUCUGAAACGGACUCUUGCCAAAAAAAUUUUACAUUUUGUUCCUCUGAAACUAGAGAAAAAGGAAUGGGUUUUUGAAGCAUUUCAACACAAAAGGGGAGACGACGGAUAUCGUUCCAAAAAAGAUGCCUGUAAAAACUGUAAAAUGAUCUUCUUUGGUGAUCAUUGGGGAGAGGGACAUUCCACAUUUAUUGGAGCAUGUGCAGAGUAUUGCGCUGUCAACGAGCUUCGUCCACCUGAAGAAACUUCACAAGAUUCCGUUGAUGAAGAGGACUUUCCCCUUCUGAAAAGAAACUUAUCUCGAUGUUCACUUCUUUUCGAAAACUUUAAGGACAUAUCAGAAAAAUGCAGCGAUGCAUACGAUCCAGAUGAUUAUGGCGAGGAAUUGCUAAAGGAAGUGUAUUGGAAAGUACUAUAUAAAGUAAACAUUUUUGGUCUUAAACCAGAGUGUAAUCCUUGCUUUUAA